UAUGUGUGCACAUAGGUUUUCAUUUCCCCUGGACAAAUACCCAGGAAUGGGAUUGCUGAGUCAUGUGUAAGUGUAUGUUUAACUUUAUAAAAAACUGCCAACCCAUUUUCCAUAGUGGCUGUACCAUUUUGCAUCACACCCGCAAUGUGUAAGAGUUCCAGUUGCUCCAUAUCUUUGUCAACACUUGGUAUUGUCAGUUUUUUUCCCCAAAAAAAUCAUCUUCAGGGGGGGUCUUUAAAGCUUGAUCAUAAUAACAUUUUGCAAGAUGGCUUCACACACUGGGGCAAAGUAUGGAAGCUGAGGCAGUGGCCAGAGGAGUCUUGUGGGAGGAACUGCAAUGGUCCAGGCCAGGGAGAGUGGGGAUGAGGGAAGGGGAAGACUCAAGAGUGAUUCAGAGGGCCUGGGGUAUGGGGCUGGAACUGGCUGAGCAGGAGAGGAAAGUGGAAGGAGGCCAGAUCCAGAGUGAGAAGGGCAGGGAGUGCCAGGCUGGGAACUUUCAACUCCCAGAUUUUCUGCCCAAGAGGAUUCUGAGUCUUAAUAAGGUUGGGAGCUGCUACACUGUAUUUACCCCUUGAGGGUGCAUGGUGCACAUUAACAUAUUAAAGCCUCUGACAAGUCCUGCAAUAAAGAACUCUGGCGUUAUUUAACCCAAACUUAGACAUUGGAUUGCUUUUCUCAAGCCAUAGCAUCACCCUCAUCAUCAUCUCCAAUGCAGACCUCAUCUAGCUUGUUUACCAUUAUGUGCCUAGAACUUGCUUGUAAACAGUGGUCAAAUAUUUUUGGGGGGAGUUGUAUUAAUGAUCUCAUUAGAUCUUCUGAACAACUCUAUGAGGUAGGUACUAAUAUAAUUUCUAUCUUACAAACAAGGCUCAGAGAGGCCAGAUGACUUGCCUAAGGCCACACAACUAGUGGGUAAAGAGCUGGAAUUUGACCUGGGGUGUGCUGGCAGCCUCUCCACCACCCUGCCCAUCUCUCAAAGGUGCCCCAUACCCUCGGUCUCACCUGGUGGUGGCAGACGUGCUCUCCCCACUGAGGGCUACCCUGUGACCUCCCAAAGCCCUUCUCCUUGCUCUGGUGGCCGUGGACAUACUCAGGCUGUUGCCCAGAGAGCUUGGCUGUAACUUGAGUCUCACCCAGGCUGGGGGUGAUGAGGAGGGUGGGCAGGUGACAACCAGGGCAGGGAGAUUUGCCCGGACACUGGUACACAGCAGCCUGCCGACCGGUGUGGCCCCGAGGAGUUUGGGGGCUUUGGGAGCUUGUUCCAGAGUCCUGGCAGUGGUCUUCACCAUGGGCAACAAGCAAACAGUCUUUACUCAUGAGCAGCUGGAAGCAUAUCAGGACUGCACCUUCUUCACGAGGAAGGAAAUCAUGAGGCUCUUCUAUCGCUACCAGGACCUUGCCCCCCAGCUUGUCCCUCUCGACUAUACCAGCUACCCUGAUGUGAAGGUUCCCUACGAGCUCAUUGGCAGCAUGCCUGAGCUGAAGGACAACCCUUUCCGUCAAAGGAUCGCCCAGGUCUUCUCGGAGGAUGGGGAUGGCCACAUGACCUUGGACAACUUCUUGGACAUGUUUUCUGUGAUGAGUGAAAUGGCUCCCCGCGACCUCAAAGCCUACUACGCUUUUAAAAUUUAUGACUUUAACAAUGAUGGCUACAUCUGUGUGUGGGACCUGGAGCAGACGGUGACCAAGCUGACGCGGGGAGAGCUGAGCGCUGAGGAGGUGAGCCUGGUGUGUGAGAAGGUGCUGGAUGAGGCCGAUGGGGACCACGACAGGCGACUGUCCCUGGAAGACUUUCAGAACAUGAUCCUGCGGGCGCCGGACUUCCUCAGGUGACACUCCUCUCCACCCUGCAUGAUCUGUUCCCAUG